AUGUCCUCUGCACCUGAACGUUUUAAGAGCACCAAGCUAAUAAGUCAUAUUAAUAAACUCGACGAAGCCACGAGUGCUGCAGGAGCUAAGCUCAAGAGUUCCUUCAGAGCCUUGGCUCGGUGUGCAGAGACGUUUCCUCCAAUUAAAUCUGCGUUGGAUGACAUGUCCGAAUUAGUGAAGGUUCUGGAGAAUAUUGGAGAGGAUAAGUUGGACAUAAAAGACGUUUUCGCUGACCUGCAAGCCAGUGCUGAUGCCUUGGAGCCAUACAUAACACGGCUGGAUUCAGGAGAAAGCAGCGGUAGUAUCGCACUUAUUAUUAAAUCAAUACACGAGCAUAUACAAUACGUCAAGUGCCGUCGAGAACAAGGUCUGCUAAGAGGAUCUGAUGCUAUAGAGCAAGCACGAAAGGUUGAAAAAUUACUAAAACGGUUACAUGAUGAUGUGGCGCUAAGGACGUGGGAUAACACGGCCAGACAACUAGAUCGCGGAGCCUGUACCCUUGGAACUCGGCAAGAAUUACUGGAAACCCUACAAAAUUGGGCUGGGCCUGGGGAGAGCCAACUGGAAGGCACACAGCCUAAAGAUCUUCAAGACAUAGACUGCGGCAACGCAAAGGCGUUCUGGAUAAAUGGAAUGGCGGGAACCGGGAAAACUACGGUAGCAUACAGCUUGUGCAAGUGGCUUGAGACCAACACUCAGCUUGGGGCUAGCUUCUUCUGUUCCCGAACUUCAACUCCAUGUCAAAAAACCAAUAACAUUGUCCCAACUAUAGCUUACCAGCUUGGACGCUUCUCGCCUGCAUUUCGAUCUGCUGUGUGUAAAGUUUUGCGCAAUGAUCCUGAUGCUGCUACCUAUGAGGUUCGAGUGCAAUUGGACAUGCUCAUCUUACGGCCAAUGUUAAUGAUCAAAGAUGCAAUGCCAAGUGGAGUCGUGGUGGUGAUCGAUGCCCUAGAUGAGUGUGCAGAUAGUUACGGAGCGGGGACGGUAGUUGAGUUCUUAUUGGACUACGCCAAAAAAAUCCCGGUAAAAUUCUUCAUUUCAAGUCGCCCAGAGCCAGUUAUUCGGGAAAAGAUGCUCUCAUGCAUUGGGUCCUCUUCGUCGAUGAUUCAUUUACAUGAUGUAGAUGCAUCCAUUGUCCAAGCUGAUAUCCAGAAAUACCUCACUGCUGAACUCAAAUACAUAUCCCCACGCCCUACUGAAGCGCAGAUACUUCAGCUUACGCAACAAGCAGGAAGGCUAUUUAUCUACGCUGCCACACUUGUGCGAUAUAUCAAUCCUCGAGGCGCUCGUGUGCCUUCAAAGACCCGACUUGAGACUAUACUAGCUAUCAACACCCCGAAAUCACAAGCAAGAGACAGGGAACCAGCUAAUCUAUACCGAGAGCUUGACCAGUUAUACAACUCUGUGCUCGAAAUGGGGUUCUCAGAACUGUUAGAAGAGCAUGAGGCGGCAAUGAUGCGAGACAUACUAGGGACAGUCGUAUGCGCAAAGGAGCCCGUGACAAUCGACACACUUGCAGGGUUGCUUGGAUCUACAACCGAGGAUAUUUCGUACAUGAUAGGUUCCUUGCACUCCGUGCUUCAUGUUCCUGAUAGGGGCGGACUCAUAUCCACGCUGCAUGCAUCGUUCCAUGACUUUCUUCUAAAUAGAUCACGCGCACGUGAAGCGUAUUAUUCCGACGAAGCUCGGCGGAACGAAAUAAUCGCCCAAAGCUGCUUUAGAGUAAUGAAAAAGCAGCUACGUUUCAAUAUAUGCCACCUCCAAUCCUCAUUUGUUGCCGACAGUGACGUGCUAGACCUUGACGAACAAAUCAAACAGUCGGUUUCAUCUGAACUCGUAUAUGCAUGUCGGUACUGGAGCGAACAUCUUCAAUCUAGCAAUGCGAGCAUUAGCGAAGAUUCUUCCUGUGUGUUGGCUGCUAUGCUAGACGACUUUCUCUCGACUCGGCUCUUGUUUUGGCUCGAAGUUAUGAAUCUAGCUAAGUGUAAAUGGACUGCUUCAUUGGCACUUCGUCACACACGUGCAUGGCUGCAGGCGAAUAAUCUAAUGCCUGAAUAUUGGCGAGGGCUCCUUGAUGCAUACAACUUUUGUGCUCAGUUUGAAGGGGGCGGUUGUUCACAGAGUACCCCUCAUAUCUAUAUAUCGGCUCUUCCACAGUGCAAAACAUCAAAUUUAGUCUAUAGAAAUUACCGGAAACUGCUCAAAGAUUUGUUGGAAGCGGGGGGCCCAGCAUUGUCUUGGAGAGGAGACUCUCAGCUUAAAUCCUUCCAUAUGCAAUCACUGGCCAGUGGGUUGGCGUUCUCGCAUGACAGUACUCGCAUCUUUUGCGGGACAUCUAGGGAAGUACGUAUUCAGUCUUUGGACGAUGCAGCCAUACCCAGCUCUUUCAGCAGCUCCCAUGGGCUAAGGGCUAUCAUCUCACUCGCAUCGUCACUAGAUGGUUCUAUUCUUGUAGUACUCAUUGAAGGUCAUGUCGAGGUUUACAAUAUACAGGGUGGCUACCAGAUCUACGAUCUAGCGAUACCAAGCACCUCAUCCUCGGUUGGGGUUUCGCACACGAAACCCACUUCCAUUGCUACGGGCCAUAACGAUGGGACUAUUUGGCUACAUGCCCUUCAUUCUGAGAGACCAGAUGGGCUUCUACUAAAGGGGCAUAAGUACUCAGUCAACUCGGUCACGUUCUCUCCAACCUGUAUGCGCCUUGCCUCUGGCUCCAACGAUAAACAUGUUCGCAUAUGGAGUCUGCACUCUGGUGCAUGGGAUAGCCAGGUACUUACAGGCCACUCGGACUGGGUUAACUCAGUAACGUUUUCGUCUGAUGGGGCGCUAAUUGCUUCUGGCUCCGUUGAUAGCACCGUACGACUGUGGGAUGCAUACAGUGGUGCACCUCUACGCAUUUUUAGUGGUCAUACUAAUUCGGUCAGAUCGGUUGCUAUCUCACCAAACUGUACUCAAAUCGCCUCUGGUUCUCGGGAUAAAACAGUUCGGUUAUGGGACUUACGAACCGGAAAGGAGUUCGGUGAACCCAGGAAGCACAUCGAUUGGGUCGAGUCGGUAGCAUUCUCACCCAAUGGAUCAUAUAUCGCUUCCUGCUCGGGGCACAAGAUUGUGCUUUGGGAUGCAUCUUCCGAUACAUUGGAUAGGCCGCCAUAUGAUAAUCACGCCGUUUCAACCUCUUUGUUCGCGUCAGCGAAUGAUAGUCGCGCUUGGUCAGAUGCGUGGGAUGUCUGGACCAACCCGGAUAUUUUGUGGUCACAGCGUAGUCAAUUGCUCCUGGUGGGAUUUUCCUCACUAUGCAUUCGGAUAUUCUUAGCUUUGGAUGAGCAGGGUGGGACUGCUGAGAUAUGGGACAUCCGUCUUCUCGGAGCCGAGCUGAAAGCAAUAGAUGCCAGUAGUAAUAUCAAUCAACCCCAAGUGGAAUCAAAGAUGAGGGCCGAGGUUUCUGGUCCGCUUACUUUAACUCAACAAGAUGGAUGGCUAAGAGACGCCAACGAGCGCCUGUUAUAUUGGUUUCCUCCUGAAGCUCACCAAGAGCUCAUGCUCCUUCGCCCCCACGCACUACUUGCUAUCAGUGAUGCUGCGUUUGGUUAUGAAUUCUGGAGCUCGAAGCUUGCAAUCGGAGAUCAGUGGGUAAGAUGCUAUUCCGAAUAG